CACUGGCACUAAACUUUGAAAGUCAUCUUCCCCGCUUUACUAGAAACCGUCCGAUCUAAAUCCAAAUCAAUGGCUCGUAUUUGCCACCAAGUCAGUCAAACUUGUGAUAUUGAUCUUCCCUCUCUUCCCAUUUCUUUUCUUUAGCUUCCAUUCUCUUGUCCAAACCCUUCUUGCCAUCCAUUUUUCAUCAAGAUCCAAACUUUCUUGCAUUUUGAUAAGUUUCACCAACUGGGUCACUGAAAAACCCGUCAGGGCAUGUUUGGAUAGAGAGAGAAUUUACAAUGCCAGUGUCAACAAGGUCUAAAGCCAUCAGCCAAGAACAAAAUGGCCCAAACCCAAAUCUAAAAACAAGACCACCCAGCUACUCAAAUCAAGAAGACAGUAACAUGGAUGUUCUGUUGAGAAAUCCACAUCAUGGCUUGAAAGAAAAGAUGAAAGCUUUAACCCUCUUGUAUGAGCAGCAGAAGAAAUCUUCUUCAACUUUAAGGAACCUGUCUCCGAAACCUGAAGAGAAGCGAUUCUCAACACAUCCGAGUGUGGAUCUUCUGAAUGGUUGCAAGAGAGAAGAGAAAGAUUCAAAAGAAACAAAAGAUCCAAAACAAAACAAUAUAAUGAGAGACAAUGCAUUGCCUACAAUGCCAACAUUGCCCAGUGCAAAGCCUAUUUCUACAGUGACAAGAACCUUUGUGUUACCAGAACCACCUGUUGAUGAUGCCAAGGAGAAUCUUGUGAUGGGUCCGGAUCGGGUUAUCAGGUUUUUAACAUGUCCAAGAAAGACUAAAGACUCAGGUACGGUGGCGAGGAAGCUUUCAAUGGAGAGCUCACAGACAGAGCCGAAAGGGUUUAUUGGGCCUAAGAAAGUGCAAGAAAAUGAAAGAUUGGAGACUGUUUCCGGUAAAAAUGAUGCAAGUGGAAGCCGGAUUUUGGUGUUUGUGAGGCUUAGGCCAAUGGCCAAGAAGGAGAGAGAGGCUGGUUUGAGGUGUUGUGUGAGGAUUGUGAAUAGGAGAGAUGUUUAUCUGAGUGAGUUUGCUAACGAGAAUGAUUAUCUUAGGCUAAAGAGGCUCCGUGGACGGCAUUUUGCAUUUGACGCUGCAUUUCCAGAUUCAACAUCUCAAAAGGAAGUUUACUCCACCACGACUGCAGAUCUUGUAGAACAAGUAUUGCAAGGAAGGAAUGGAUCAGUGUUCUGCUAUGGUGCCACAGGAGCUGGUAAAACAUAUACAAUGCUGGGGACAGUAGAGAAUCCAGGAGUGAUGGUUUUGGCAAUUAAGGAUCUUUUUACCAAAAUUAGGCAAAGAAGCUGUGAUGGAAACCAUGUGGUUCACCUCUCAUAUCUUGAAGUUUAUAAUGAAACUGUCAGAGAUUUGCUCUCUCCAGGAAGGCCUCUGGUGCUUCGAGAAGAUAAACAGGGAAUAGUAGCAGCAGGUCUCACUCAGUACAGAGCUUAUUCCACUGAUGAAGUGAUGGCAUUGCUUCAGCAAGGAAACCAAAACCGAACCACUGAACCAACUCGUGCCAACGAAACCUCUUCACGAUCCCAUGCUAUACUGCAGGUGGUUGUUGAAUACCGAGUUAGAGAUGCUUCCAUGAAUGUUGUCCAAAAAGUGGGAAAGCUGUCACUCAUUGACCUUGCUGGCUCAGAGAGAGCCCUUGCAACUGAUCAGAGAACACUUAGAUCACUUGAGGGUGCCAAUAUAAAUAGGUCACUUCUUGCACUAAGCAGCUGCAUCAAUGCCCUUGUAGAGGGUAAGAAACAUAUCCCAUACAGAAAUUCAAAGCUCACUCAACUUCUCAAGGAUUCGUUAGGAGGAGUUUGUAACACUGCAAUGAUUGCAAAUAUAAGUCCAAGUAAUCUCUCGUUUGGGGAAACUCAAAACACUUUGCAUUGGGCUGAUCGAGCUAAGGAGAUCCGAACCAAGGCAUGCGAGACUCUAGAAGAAAUACAGUUACCAGAAUGUGAAACUGACCAGGCCAAGCUGUUGCUUGAAGUGCAGAAAGAAAAUCGCGAAUUGCGAGUGCAAUUAGUACACCAACAACAAAAGCUACUUUCACUCCAGGCACAAUUGUUGGCUGCAAAUACUUCUCCAACUCCUCCUUCAAUUACCUUUACUCAGACUCCUCCAUCUACUGCCAGACCAAUUGAAAAAAGGAAAGCUAGACCCUCUUUCUUAGGUGGGAACUGUUUCACACCAGAAUCAAGAAAAAGGGGCGCAGAGGAAGCAGUCAGAGAGCUUCGGCAGACUGUCAAGGCAUUAGAGGCAGAAAUUGAGAAAUUAAAGAAAGAUCAAGCUACACAGCUAAAGGAGAAGGAUGAUCGUAUACAUGAGCUUUCUCGAAAGAGUGAAAAGCCAUCAGCAGGAGGAACAAUGCAAGGAGCAAAGAGGGUAGUGACAAGAGCUAGUUUGCGGCCAAAGGAAAAAACCAAUGGUGAAUUGAAGAGUCCAAGCCACCGGUUCAAGUCCCCAAUUCCAACAGCAAAGAAAAGAAGCUUUUGGGACAUAACAACAGCUAACAGCCCAUCAGUUGCUACACUAAACGGAAGAAAAACUAGAAGUCAUGUCAUUCCUGAUAACACUGCUGCAGCUCCAUCCAUGCUUCUUCAGCCAGGUUUUGCUCGUCAACGACCAUGACCAUUUGAAGCAGACGCAUUAACAAGAAAACGAGCGCGCAGCAAAUUGCAAAUUAAAGAGAUCAAAAGAAGAGGAGGCGGCUAUUUCAUUGCUCCAGUUAGUGUGAUCAAAGAAAUUCAAGAUUAUUUGUAUUUCUUCUAAUCAUGUUUUUUUCUUAAUUAUUCUUUAGUAUUUAACCGUGUCCAUUUCUAUACUGAAUUCAAUCUUACAUUUU